AUGGGAAAGAAGGCGUUUGCAACCAAAAUUAAACCCCCUUCAACCCGCCGAGAAGAACCACCGCCGAACCCACAACCAUCACAGCCGGCUCCGCAAGCACCAGCGAUGGUCUCUUUAGACGCAAUGGUGAAAUUUCUUAGGCUGCAAGAUCCGACCAGAAAUUGGGCGGCGAAAUUGGCAAAUUUCAGCCGAAUCGGAGGACAGGGGAGCGUCACCGGAGCGGGCUCGGCAGUAACCGCAUCAGAGACAAGCGCGCAGCCCACGACACAACCUCCAUCUACCAUGCCGACUUCCCCAACGACUCCACAAGAAGAGGAAUCUCCCACUGAAGCAGCACCGUCAGAACCCUCGGAACCCUCUCCGAACCACCGAGAGGCAGAGCCCAUGGAUGUUAAACCUAUUGCGGCCUAUUAUGAUUCUAAUCCACAAGAAGAGGGAGGAAGUGCAGCUGAGGAGACGCCGGUCACAGAAACCGUCCAUCAUGAAGUGGCUAGGGGAGAAAUAGAUCUGAAUGAGACGGCCAAGAAGCAGGGCCUGAUGACGGAUGACGAAUUUCAGGCGAUUGUGGAUGGAGUGAACCAAAGAGCAGACAACACUGCCUCGAUGGCUGAGGAUCUGAACCUCGCUUCGAGGGCAGUAGGAGAUAACGAAGAGAUAGGGGUAGUACGUGUACCAGAAGGCCCAGCCUACCAGCCUGGAGACCGAGCAGACGAAAGCCAAGCUGGGGACGAUGAGAUGCAAGUAGAUGAGGAUGAGCCAGUAACAGAAAUCCAAGAACCAGCACCAGCAGCGCCUCCCGUCUUGAAACCGAGAACAGUCAAGAGGCAGCUGAUUUUGAAGAGCGGUCCAGUGGCAGAGCGGCAGAAACCAACACGGGUGUCUCAGAGAUGCCUGGAUAAAUGGGCAGCAAGUAAAGCCAAGGAAAAGGACAGUCCCAAAAAGUCUGGGGAUGAGCCUAUACAUGCUACUGGCUUAGAAGAUACCGCGGUUUCUCCAACACAGAGCGAGCAAGGCGAAGAAAUUGAAAGGGUGGCUGAGGGUCUGGACCUCACUCCCGAGUCAGUAGGGCCUGGUGGAUCUGAGAAUAUCGAUGCUCGUGUCCACGGAGAGACCACUUCUACUGCCCAAGAUGAGUCUCUACUUCAAGCGGAGGAGGAAGCCAGAUACCAACAAGCCAGAAAGAGGAAAGAGAAGGCCCCGAUUCAAAGAAAGUCGGUAACCAAGAAGUCCCGAGUGGUGAACACUGGAAUAGUCAUCACUGAAGCUGCUCUGAGAACACCACCGAGCCGACAGGAAUUGAGCGACAGUGAGUAUGCGGCCAGCGAGGAAUCAGCCUCCGACAGCGAUAUCUCUUUGGAGGAUGAAGAGCACGGGGAACAACUACUUCCGGACGAUCAUCGCGAACUUGUACAUCUCCCAAUAGAGAGGUUAAGAUACCGGCGGUGGACAGUGGACUUUACUGACGAGAUAGCAGAGGAGAUGAAGCUUUUUGAAACCAAGAAACUGCAGGAUACUUUUGACAGCAUGGAUGAUGGGAAUAAGGACGUCAAGUGUGGGAAGGUAAUGCAUUACCCCUCUUUGGAUGAGUUGGGUGUUCGAGAGCAGUUUCUAGCCUAUUUGCAUGCACUAGGGUUUGAGUGGUUGUUGCGGAAUGGAAACCCAGAUAUUUGUGUUAGGCUUGCGAAAGAAUUCUUCACUACAUUCAGGUUCAGGGUAACUACAGAUUUAGAUGAGGUGUCUUUAAGUUUUAGGUUAUUCGGAUGA